AUGGCGGGCUGGUUCGGGUCCUCCACCAACAGCGCCUUCGAUGAGCAGAUCGAGCGCGCUACGUCCUCGAGCUUAGAGGACAUGCCCCUCAACCUCGAGAUAUCCGACGUUAUUCGAUCCAAGACGGUGCAGCCUAAAGAUGCCAUGAAAUCGCUCAAGAAGAGGAUAGGCCACAAAAACCCCAACGUCCAGCUAGCGACGCUGAAUCUCACAGACACGUGCGUGAAGAACGGCGGCGCACACUUCAUCCAAGAGAUAGCUUCGCGCGAGUUCAUGGACAAUCUGACGUCGUUACUAAAAGCGCCGUCGACAAUCGCGCCGAACAACGAUGUCAAGAACAAGAUGCUGGAGCUGAUACAAUCAUGGGCCACUGCUGCGGAGGGUCGGAUGAACCUAGGCUACAUCAACGAGGUGUACCGGAGUCUGCAGCGAGAGGGCUACCACUUCCCGCCAAAAGAGAACAUUGCAAGCAGCAUGCUGGACAGUAGUGCUCCUCCCGAAUGGACCGACUCCGACGUCUGCAUGCGCUGCCGGACCGCCUUCACCUUCACGAACCGCAAGCACCACUGCCGUAACUGCGGAAACGUCUUUUGCGGCGCCUGCUCGAGCAAGACCAUACCGCUACCACACCUCGGUAUCAUGGAGCCUGUGCGCGUCGACGAUGGUUGCCACGAGAAACUGACGAUACGCUCACGAGGGGCCCCGGUCCCAAGGCCGUUCGAUACACCAAAACCACACAAGACGCUAUACCAAGGCGCCAUGGAGCCCCGAAGUGCGCGCGUAGACGACAGCUUCGAUGCGGACCUGAAGCGCGCCCUGGAAAUGAGCUUGGAGGACGCAAAGGGAACUGGCUCAUCGGGCUUCGUAUCACAAUCGCAAUUGCAGUCGAAACCGAAGCCUAGCACCAACGGCUCAUCGAGGAAGGAGCCCCAAGAAGAGGAGGAUCCGGAUCUUGCAGCUGCCAUUGCGGCCUCACUUGCGGAUAUGGAAGAGCAAAAGAAGAAGUAUACGACUACGUUCAAGCAGCAGACUGCUAGCUCGAGUGCAGCAGCGCCAUUUGUAGCGCCCAAGAACGAUUACGAGCUGACCCCAGUCGAAGCCGAGAAUAUCAACCUGUUUUCUACCCUCGUAGACCGCUUACAACACCAACCGCCAGGCACUAUUCUGCGAGAACCACAGAUACAGGAGCUGUAUGAGAGCAUUGGCAAGCUACGGCCGAAGCUUGCGCGAACUUAUGGCGAGACAAUGAGCAAGCAUGAUACACUACUUGAUCUCCAUGCCAAGCUCUCUUCUGUCGUCCGAUACUACGACCGCAUGCUCGAGGAGCGUCUCUCGAGCACCUAUAACCAAGCUGGUGCCAUGUACGGUCUCCCUGCUCCUACGCAGCGCCCUGCGUCCAACCUAUACCCCAGCAUACAAUCCGGCGCCCCUAGUGACGCAGAGAGCGCAAACUACUACUACGGCGAUAACACCCAAGGCCAACCCUCACAACCACCCAUGCAGCGCUCGCAAAGCUUCGCUUCACAACCGGCGCAACAACAACCGCCUUCGCCGCAAAUGUACAACCACGCACCGCCUCAGCAGACGCCUCUUUCCCCACCUGCAUACCAGAACCCAUCAUAUCCAAGUCAACAACAAACCGCGCCGCCCCCUCAGCAACAAGCACCGCCCCAGCAAGCUCCUCCUCCCCCGCAGCAGCAGCAAUGGCAACAACCCGCACAGACUCAGACCCAGGCGUGGCAGCCUGCGCCGUACGCGGCGGGUGGCUACGGCCCCGAGAGUUUCCCGAGCGCGCCGCAGAAUCAAUUGCCGCCGCAGCAGCAGAAGGUGGUGGAUGAGCCGCUGAUUGAUUUGUAG